CCAAAGGGUGACGUAAAAUAGUAAGUGUGUGCAAGGGAGCAGGAAGGGACUUGACAAGAAGAAACUUUCUGAUUUUAUAUUUUUCACCACCAGAACCAGACAGCUUUCUGCUCAGCCAUGACUGUGUGUCUGUGCCUUAGUCCAUCCUCUGGGCAGCGGUGGCGGCGGUGACCCAGGCCAGAACUGACUUGGAGAGCGGCCACCCAAGAGUCGAUGGCUGGCAUGUCUCGGCGACCGCCCAGCAUGUACUGGUGUGUGGGGCCAGAGGGCUCAGCUGCGUGUCCGGAACGUGCCAUGGAGACCCGUAAUGGUGCUGAGGACAUGGGCAGCAAACCGUCCACACCAGGCGGUGACCCCACAGCACAGUGCCCCAGGACAGAAGGCAUUCAUGCUGCAUACAAGCAAGGAGACCCCAGCAGGGCCCGGCACCUGCUCCGAGAGGCUUGUGAUGAAAGCACAUCCCAGCUGGAGAAGGGCCAGCUUCUGAGCAUCUCGGCGGCCUACGGCGACCUGGAGACUGUCCGGUACCUUCUUACCGAGAGACGGGUGGAGCUGCCCACCGAGCCCACUGAUGACAAUCCAGCUGUGGUGGCGGCUCAUUUUGGGCAUACUGACGUGGUGCAGGAGUUGCUCGAAUCUUUGCCAGGACCCUGCAGCCCCCAGCGGCUGCUGAACUGGAUGCUAGCUUUGGCUUGCCAGCGAGGGCACCUGGGGUUGGUGAAGCUCCUCGUCCUGACCCACGGGGCCGACCCAGAAAGCUACGCCGUCAGGAAGAACGAGUUUCCUGUCAUCGUGCGCUUACCGCUGUACGCAGCCAUCAAGUCAGGAAAUGAAGACAUCGCCAUAUUCCUGCUUCGGCACGGGGCUUUUUUCUGUUCCUACAUCUUACUGGACAGUCCUGACCCCAGCAAACAUCUCCUCAGGAAGUAUUUCAUCGAAGCUAGUGCCUUGUCCAGCAGCUGUCCAGGGAAAAUGGCUCUCUGUGUGAAGUGGGCCCACCUCAAGCUGCCCUGGGUAGAUCUCGACUGGCUCAUAGACAUCUCCUGCCAGAUCACGGAGCUGGAUCUUUCUGCCAACUGCCUGGCUUCCCUCCCCUCCAUCAUCCCCUGGGGACUCAUCAACCUCCGCAAGCUGAACCUCUCCAAGAACCACCUGGGGGAGCUGCCUGCCGUGCAGUCAUCGGACGAAAUCAUCUGCUCCAGGCUCCUCGAGAUAGACAUUUCCAGCAACAAACUGCCGCACCUCCCGCCGGGAUUCCUGCACCUCUCCAAACUCCAAAAACUGACAGCUUCCAAAAACUACUUGGAGAAACUGUUCGAAGAAGAAGGUGCCACCAACUGGAUCGGUUUGCGGAAGCUGCAGGAACUCGAUAUUUCUGACAAUAAAUUGACAGAACUCCCUGCACUUUUCCUCCACUGCUUCAAGUCCCUCAGUUUUCUGAACGUCUCCAGAAAUAACCUGAAGGUGUUCCCAGACGCCUGGGCCUGCCCUUUGAAAUGCUGUAAAGCAUCCAGAAACGCCCUGGAAUCUCUACCGGACAAGAUGGCUGUCUUCUGGAAAAACCACCUGCGGGAUGUGGAUUUCUCAGAAAAUGCUCUCAAGGAAGUUCCCCUGGGGCUUUUCCAGCUUGACGCCCUCAUGUUCCUGAGGUUACAGGGAAACCAGCUCGUGGCACUGCCGCCUCAAGAGAAGUGGACCUGCAGGCAACUCAAAACCCUGGAUCUUUCCAGAAACCAAUUUGGCAAAAAUGAAGACGGGCUGAAAACAAAGCGCAUUUCCUUUUUCACCACCAGAGGGCGCCAGCGUUCUGGGACCGAGACAGCGGGGGUGCUGGAAUUUCCGGCCUUCCUAAGUGAGUCUUUGGAAGUCCUUUGUCUGAACGACAAUCACCUGGACGCCAUCCCUCCCUCGGUUUGCCUCCUGAAGAGUUUAUCAGAGCUCUACCUGGGAAACAAUCCUGGCCUCCGCGAGCUCCCGGCGGAGCUGGGGCAGCUGAGCAACCUCUGGCAGUUGGACAUCGAAGACCUGAACAUCACCAACGUCCCCGCGGAGAUCAAAAAAGAAGGCCCCAAAGCGAUGCUGUCUUACCUACGCGCUCAGCUGCGGAAAGCAGAGAAGUGCAAGCUGAUGAAAAUGAUCAUCGUGGGUCCUCCGCGCCAGGGCAAGUCCACCCUCCUGGAGAUCUUACAGACGGGGAGGGCCCCCCAGGUGGUGCACAGCGAGGCCACCAUCAGGACCACCAAGUGGGAGCUCCAGAGGCCAGCUGGCUCGAGAGCCAAGGUGGAGUCUGUGGAAUUCACCGUCUGGGACAUCGGCGGCCCCGCGAGCAUGGCCACCGUCAACCAGUGCUUCUUCACAGACAAGGCCCUGUAUGUGGUGGUUUGGAACUUGGCUCUGGGCGAGGAGGCCGUGGCCAGCCUCCAGUUCUGGCUGCUCAACAUCGAGGCCAAGGCCCCAAAUGCAGUGGUGCUGGUGGUCGGAACGCACCUGGACUUGAUCGAAACCAAAUUCCGAGUGGAGAGAAUUGCAACGCUGCGCGCCUACGUGCUGGCCCUCUGCCGCUCGCCCUCUGGGUCCCGGGCCACAGGCUUCCCCGACAUCACCUUCAAACACUUGCACGAGCUCUCCUGUAAGAGCCUGGAAGGCCAUGAGGGGCUGCGGCAGCUGAUUUUCCACGUCACGUGCAACAUGAAGGACGUGGGCAGCACCAUCGGCUGCCAGAGACUCGCGGGAAGGCUGAUCCCCAGGAGCUACCUGAGCCUCCGGGAGGCCAUGCUGGCCGAGCAGCAGCGCCGCAGCCUGGGCGACGACGUGCAGUACCUGACGGACAGGCAGCUGGAGCAGCUGGUAGAGCAGAUGCCCGACAAGGACAUCAAGGACUACGAGGACCUGCAGUCCGCCAUCAGCUUCCUCAUAGAAACCGGCACCCUGCUUCACUUCCCGGACACCAGCCACGGCCUGAGGAACCUCUACUUCCUUGACCCCAUCUGGCUGUCCGAAUGUCUGCAGAGGAUUUUCAACAUCAAGGGCUCCCGGUCGGUGGCCAAGAACGGGGUGAUCAGGGCAGAGGACCUCAGGAUGCUGCUGGUGGGGACCGGCUUCACACAGCAGACGGAGGAGCAGUAUUUCCAGUUCCUGGCCAAGUUUGAGAUCGCCCUGCCUGUGGCCAACGACAGCUACCUUCUGCCACACCUCCUUCCAUCCAAACCCGGCCUGGACACUCACGGCAUGCGGCACCCCAAGGCCAACACCAUUCAGAGAGUGUUUAAGAUGAGUUUUGUUCCCGUCGGCUUCUGGCAAAGGUUUAUAGCACGGAUGUUGAUCAGCCUGGCGGAGAUGGACCUGCAGCUCUUCGAAAACAGGAAGAAUACUAAAAGCAGACACAGGAAAGUCACCAUUUAUAGUUUUACAGGAAGCCAGAGAAAUCGCUGCAGCACAUUCAGAGUGAAAAGAAAUCAGACCAUCUAUUGGCAGGAAGGGCUCCUGGUCACUUUUGACGGGGGCUACCUCAGCGUGGAAUCAUCAGAUGUGAACUGGAAAAAGAAGAAAAGCGGAGGAAUAAAAAUCAUUUGCCAGUCAGAAGUGAGGGACUUCUCCGCCAUGGCGUUUAUCACAGACCAUGUCAACUCCCUGAUCGAUCAGUGGUUUCCCGCCCUGACAGCCACAGAGAGUGACGGGACCCCGCUCAUGGAACAGUAUGUCCCCUGCCCGGUGUGUGAGACCUCCUGGGCCCAGCACACGGACCCGAGUGAGAAGGCGGAGGGCGUCCAGUACUUUGACAUGGAAGACUGCGUGCUCACGGCCAUUGAGCAGGACUUCAUCUCCUGCCCCAGACACCCCGACCUGCCCGUGCCUCUCCAGGAGCUGGUCCCCGAGCUGUUCAUGACCGACUUCCCGGCCAGACUCUUCCUGGAGAACAGCAAGCUGGAGCACCACGAGGACUACAACAGUGUCCUGGGCCAGGGCGGGAGCGGCACCGUCAUCUACCGGGCCCGCUACCAGGGCCAGCCUGUGGCGGUGAAACGGUUCCAGAUCAAGAAAUUCAAGAACUUGGCAAACGCCCCAGCGGACACCAUGUUGCGGCACCUGCGGGCCACCGAUGCCAUGAAGAACUUCUCGGAGUUCCGGCAGGAGGCCAGCAUGCUGCACGCCCUGCAGCACCCCUGCAUCGUGUCUCUCAUCGGUAUCAGCAUCCACCCACUCUGCUUCGCCCUGGAGCUCGCCCCGCUCGGCAGCCUCAACACUGUGCUGUCGGAGAACGCCAAAGAUUCUUCCUUUAUGCCCCUGGGACACAUGCUUACCCAGAAAAUAGCCUACCAGAUCGCGUCCGGCCUAGCCUACCUGCACAAGAAAAAUAUCAUCUUCUGUGACCUGAAGUCGGACAACAUUCUGGUCUGGUCUCUGGACGUCAAGGAGCACAUCAACAUCAAGCUGUCGGACUACGGGAUCUCACGACAGUCGUUUCACGAGGGUGCCCUCGGCGUGGAGGGCACCCCCGGCUACCAGGCCCCAGAGAUCAGGCCUCGCAUCGUGUAUGACGAGAAGGUAGACAUGUUCUCCUAUGGAAUGGUGCUCUACGAGUUGCUGUCGGGACAGCGGCCAGCGCUGGGCCACCACCAGCUUCAGAUCGCCAAGAAGCUGUCCAAGGGCAUCCGCCCUGUCCUGGGGCAGCCGGAGGAAGUCCAGUUCCAUCGGCUCCAGGCACUCAUGAUGGAGUGCUGGGACACGAAGCCUGAGAAGCGACCGCUGGCCCUGUCGGUGGUGAGCCAGAUGAAGGACCCAACCUUUGCCACGUUCAUGUACCAGCUACCCUGUGGGAAGCAGACGUCCUUCUUCUCCUCCCAAGGCCAGGAGUACAUGGUGGUGUUCUGGGACGGGAAAGAGGAGUCCAGGAACUACACGGUGGUGAACACGGAGAAGGGCCUUAUGGAAGUACAGCGUAUGAGCUGUGCGGGAAUGAAGCUGAGCUGCCAGCUCAAGGUCCAGAACUCUCUGUGGACGGCCACCGAGGACCAGAAGAUCUACAUCUAUAGCCUCAAGGGCAUGUGCCCCUUAAACACACCCCAACGGGCUUUGGACACCCCGGCGGUCGUCACCUGUUUGUUGGCAGUGCCUGUUAUUAAAAAGAACUCCUACCUGGUGCUCGCAGGUCUGGAUGACGGGCUUGUGGCGGUGUUUCCUGUGGUGCGGGGCGCCCCGGACAGCAGCUGCUCCUACCUGUGCUCACACACGGCCAACAGGUCCAAGUUCAGCAUCCCAGAUGAAGACACGCGGCAGAACCCCUACCCCGUGAAGGCCAUGGAGGUGGUCAACAGCGGUUCCGAGGUCUGGUACAGCAACGGGCCGGGCCUGCUGGUCAUCGACUGUGCGGCCCUGGAGAUCAGCAGGAGGCUAGAGCCCUACUCGGCCCCUUCGGUGGUCACCUCGGUCGUGUGCAGCUCCGAGUGCCGCGGGGAGGAGGUCGUCUGGUGCCUGGACGACAGGGCCAACUCACUGGUGAUGUACCACGCGGCCACCUACCAGCUGUGUGCCCGGUACUUCUGUGGGGACCCCAGCCCGCUCAGAGACAUAUUUCCAGUGUGCCCCCUGGGUCCGGAGUCCCCGGGCAGCCACGCAGCCGGCUCCAAAGAGCCCGAGGGGGACUCCAUCGCGGACGUGAGCAUCAUGUACAGCGAGGAACUAGGCACACAGAUCCUGAUGCACCAGGACUCACUGACUGACUACUGCUCCAUGUCCUCCUACUCCUCAUCCUCUCCCCACCGGGCCCCCGCAUCCUCCUCCAGCCUGCCCUGCUCCCCGGCCAGCUCUUCCAGUGUGCCUUUCUCCACCGACUGCGAGGACUCUGACCGGCUGCACGAGCCCGCCGCGGGCUCCGACAGGUCUGAGCACGACCUGACGCCCGUGGACGGGGACGCCUUCAGCCAGCACCUGCAGGCCGUGAGGAUCCUAGCUGUGAAAGACGUCAUCUGGGUCCCCAGGCGCGGUGGCGAUGUCAUUGUCAUCGGCCUGGAGAAGGAUGCUGGGGGCCAGCGGGGCCGCGUCCUCGCCGUCUUAAAAGCCCGGGAGCUGACUCCGCAUGGGGUGCUUGUGGACGCAGCCGUGGUGGCAAAGGACACAGUCGUGUGUGGCUUCGAGAACGAAAACACAGAGUGGUGCCUUGCUGUCUGGAGGGGCUGGGGCACCAGGGAGUUUGACAUUUUCUACCAGUCCUAUGAGGAGCUGGGCAGGCUGGAGGCUUGCACGCGGAAGAGGAGGUGAUUCCUAUGGAAUGACAGUCGUGGAGACCUGGCUGCCCUGGGCCACCCCCGCCUGCCACCUGCUGCCCCCUGAGGACCCAGAAGACCCUGAAACAUUUGCUGCUAGAAGUGCCGAGAAGUCACCACCUUGGCCGUGGUCUAGGGGGCUCCCCGGUUCUCCAGGGCAGAGCUAGCUGCCUACCUCCAUUCUCCCAUUAUGGGUUUUGCAACCCAAGAGAAGACGGUGGGGCCUGGUUGGGAGUAACUGCCCCUGUCUCCUCCCCGGAAGUCCAGGAGCGGGGGAGGGGGGCCAUGCUCUGGCCUGGGUCACACAAAGCGGGGCUGGGUCUUCCCGGUCCCUCCCCAGGUCUCAGAUGGAAUUACACUAGACGCUCUCAGCUGGGGAGCAGUUUGGGGCAGGGGCGGGAGGGUGCCGUGACCUCUGCCCCUUCCCCCAGUGGUCUCCAGGCUCUCAGCCCAUUUCACAAGUCCCUGGGGCCCUGGGGCCCCGCUUGGGCAAGCAGAGAUCAGAUGUCUCCCGCUCAGGAAAGUCUCUGUGUGAGAAGCCCUCAGAAGGACGUCAGGGAGGAGCACUCCCAAUCUGGGGGAUGAAUGAGUUCAUUUAAGUGACACAGCCAGAAAGCCAAGAGCUCGUGCAGGGACCGGAGCACCCACUCGGCCUCUGCAUUCUUCUUCUGCUGACAAAAGGGCGGGGAAACUCAAUCAGCGGGACUUAAGAAAGGGCCGUGUGUUUAUAGCUUCGUAAAGUAAACUCGGACGCAGCUGGAGCACAAGCCCUGUUUGUUUGCACGUAAUAAUCUUGUUUAUCACUUUAACAAAUUAAGUAAUAGCUCGGUGGUUAGGCCCUGGUUGUAAAAUCACCUCGUACAGGGCUUUCACCAAAUCAGGCGUUGGCUCAGCAUUGACGGGGCUCACGGACAGCGAAGUCCAAGGAGCGAAAUGGUUAAUGGGGGAUUUAUGGGUCUGAGAGCCACCGUUUGUAUAAAUUAAUGCACACACAGGUGCCCACGGAUCACGUGGCUCCUGAAAGUAAUCAUCUGAGACCACUGGACCCGGAACGGUGGUGUGAACGUGAGCUCAUCCCCUGGUUCAAGUUGUUGACCUUUUUCUAAAAUUAAGUUAUGCAGAUCAGACUUAAGAUUGGCUGGGAUAUGUGGGCAAAGGUGAUUCCUUUUAUUUGAAAAUAAACCGGUUCUCUUGA